CUGCGAGCAAUGUGUACAAGAGACGCGUGUACGACUACACGAGUGGCGUCAUUGAGACAAUCGUCGGAUCUGGUAUUCGCGGCUCCGGUUGCCCAGGUGGUGCGGCAAGUUGUCCCCCUUUGGUCGCUGCGCUCCGAUAUCCCAGAGGUAUCGCUGUGGACAGCGGCAAUCGGAUCUAUAUUAUGGGAAAACAGGUCCAGCGACGCUUAUCAAGCACAUAAGUAAAACAUCCGGCUCGCUUUCCCACUGAAUCUUAGGCUUAUCCCUUCAUACUAUCUGUUAGCAUGGAAGAAGGAGGGAUAGUGGUCGUGAUGGGGAACUCUACACCAAAUUUGGAAAAGGUCAAGCUUUUGCUGUCACCGAAGUUACAUGGAUUUGGACAAGUGGAAGGAAGAAAUAGAUUUAAACGUGCACUCAUAAGUAAUUAAAGAAGCUAUACCCCGCGAUUAGUACUACAUCAAUCAAUCAAUAACGCCUCUUCUUUUUUGGAAGGUUGCAGAGCGGUCCACUUUUACUGCACCAAUGCCACUCCUCUAAGCCAUUAGUGGACAGCGGCAACCAUGUAGUUCGCAGAGUAUCCGGACCCAGCGCGACGGCUGGAGUAUACACGCUUUUUGAGACCUUUGUCGGCGUCGGUCGAUCGCCGUUAGUCGGGAGAGAAGGCCUCUCUGCGGUGGGAAGCACGAGUGUUAUGCCCUGACUGGUUGCGGUUGAUAAGUUGUCGUGGUUGAUGCCUGAAGCCGAUGAACAAUCGUCCACGACUACAAAGUUCCCUGGUUCGAAAUCAAUGUAUGUUCAGACAAAGAGCUAGCUUCUUUCGCAAGUGUUAAUAUGCUGAGAGUUCAUAAAAAUGUUCUAGUAGGUAACUUCUAAAAAUUUGCAUUUAUCCUCCUCUAAUCUCAUCUCCGCAGCAGCCACAGUGUGGCUCACGUCCUCCGGAGGAUCCAAGCUGUUGCAGAACACGCAGAUGGGCAACUUAGACGUGAGACUAGAGGCGCCGUCCGACAUCUUCAUUACGGACCGAGACGAGGUGUACCUUGUGGACACCUUUGCGGGAGGCCGAGUUCUGAAGACACGAGCAUCAUCGGCAGGAACGGGUUUGAUAGACUACUUGCUGAAUCUGACGCAGCCGAACGUGGUGGGAGGUAUGGCUGCCAUUUGGCACUGUCCUGAGUUGUCUUUUUUCUUGCCAAGGAGUUUUCUUUGUUUGCCUCUUCAUUUUUAAACAGUAGAAGAAGAUUGUCUCUAGUACUCCUUCUUACAUGCACAACACAUGGUAACUUUACCUUGAUGUCCCACCACCUGACAGACUCAUCUUCAGUAGACGAAACUUAUCCAUCAAGAUUCAACUGUCUAACACCACAAGCGGCCCAUCCGUAACCGGCAGUGGUUUUUCCAUGGCGAAUGAUCAGAAUGUGAGCACCUUCAUAGGCCCAUCAGGCGUCCAGGACCUCCUCGAAAGGCCAAUCUCCACGUAUCAAAGUGACACCUAUACUAGUGCUACUAACUUCUAUGGAAGUAUGUCUUUUACUAGCUCGGCAGGAGCUGGAGUAGCACCGAGCACUGUCAAUUAUACUACAAACUCCACGACGACCACCACAACGAUUGCGCUUUCGUCUGGUACCCUCACUGCAUCGCAGGGUGGCGCUUACCCUUCCACGCUGCUUGGGACAACGAAGACUAACGUGGAUUCAGGAUCGCACUUGAGGUACCAGAAAGGAUUUGGUAGAUUAGUGGAGCACUAUUUGAGCCAUUUCCUGUGGCAUCGGGACGCGUUGCAACAAGCAAUAAAUCCAACAGCGAGCGCAGUUACCGCGGCACAGGCGCAGUUGCAGACCUUGCGGGAAGGAGGGAGCCACGAACUCGAGCUAGCAACGAACAUGCGAAAUCUGUUGGUAGCGGAAGGGGUUUUCACGUCGGUCGCCUACCCAAAUGGCCUUCCCUCGGCGAAUGUCGUCUCAACAGCGACUGGUGCUGAAGAAGACGACGUACUGGCGGUUGACGAAUUCCAGAGUGAGUCGAUUCCUUUGGGAUACUCAAGAUGGGUAUUGGGUAUGGCUUUACUUGUGAGAAGUUCUACUGUGGACAGUGUCAUCAGAGGCACAUACAUGACAUCUCUCCACUUCUAGUUGUACUAGUUUUACUUCGUGAAGAUACUCUCUCUUUCUCUCUCUCUCUCUCCUAAGUUGUAAAUAUAUUAUUCUCUCCCCCAAAGAAAAUGAAAAAUAAAAAAUACAAAUGACCUCCCGGCAUCAGCAGCGGACCAGCUUGUGAAAUUGCAAGAUACAUAAUGACUUUUUUCUCAAGAAGAGAGAGAGUUUCUUGUGAAUUCUAAGGCCAAUGAUAUUAUUCUCUCCCCCAAAACCAAAACCAAAACCUCUCAUCCCCCGUUCCGCCUCCGCCUCUUCCUAUGGAGUGGAGCCGCCUUUUGUGGUGCCAAGUAGUCUCAUCCCUAGUGUCGCACGUGGCACACGACUCCUCAAGCAGGCAACCCCUACCCGUGAUGCGCGAUUGUCUUCGCCAGUCUCGUUUUGCGAAGACACCACGCACACCAAAAGUUUCGUGGUAGAGUACGACUCAGGUAGGGUCUCCGAAUGGGACACUGCGAAGAGGACGAAGAGGGGAGAUGAUUCUGGGAGCAGUGGUGCUGGGAGCAGUGGUGCUGGUAGUAGUGGUGCUGGUAGUAGUGGUGCUGGUAGUGGUGGUGCUGGGAGCAGUGGUGAUGGUAGUAGUGGUGCUGCUAGUAGAAGUAGUAAUAGUAGUAGUAGUAGCGGGCCUGGGUCUGGGUCUGGAGUAGAAGAGCGCUCAUUCGACUAUGAGGAGUUGAAGAUUGAUGCCAGUAGUUCGGGGACUGUCGCGUUAUGGUUAACAUUUGGUGUCCAUCUCUCUCGGCAUCGUGGUACCCUUUUGCCCUGUAUUAUUUGUAUGAAAUGAUACAAGGGUUACCCUUUGAGGGUAUGAAAUGAUACAAGGGUAGUUACCCUUCUUGAAGGGUAUGAAAUGAUACCCGAGGAGAUGCAUUGUGGCACACGCUAAUUGCAGCAGCGCCAUUCGUUGGAGCAGAGCUCACUCGGCGGAUCAGUAUCGUGUUCACAGAUGUUGAUUACGUAUCGAACAUUCAAGGCGCUAUUGUGGUGAAAACGGCUCCGGCGGGGACGGUGGAGAGAAGUGCUAUAGUAGUGCCAACUACGGUUGCAGCGACAGCUACGGCUGCCAGUGCUAGCACUGCAACUAUUACCACCAACGCGACUACGAACACGUCAAAUAGCACUACUAAUGACACAGCAACAACAACUAACUCCACAAACGACACAAACGGGACCUCCAACGCCACGACAACGAGCACCACGACCACGACCACCACGACAACCACCACCACGACGACCACUCUCUCCCUCCCAAACGUCGCUUUUUCGUUUGCUACUGACGGCAAUAUCACUGCCGCGUUCGCUCCCGCACUUGCUAGUGCUUUAAUCUUAAGGGUAUAAGUUAAAGGUAUUCAUCUUGUUACCAUUCGUUUUGCCUUUCUGAAGGGUUUUUUUUACCGCCAUAACGAACGGGGUAUAAAAUGAACACCAACAACCUACCUCCAAUAAUCCCAGCUAACGCGGAUUUCUUGCCGGUUCAAGAAUUCCUGUACAUCUCAAGGGCGCUGACGAAGACAGAGCUGACUGGAAAUUUUGGAAAUUUUACGGGUCAGAGUGGAGUUACUGGAGUUACUGUACCUGGUGAAUAUACCCAAGUAUUGGACGAGGAAUUGUUUCCAGCAACGCCCGUGCCGGAAAGUGGGUCGAGAAGUGUGCAUGGAGCGGUCCUUCCCCUCUCACGAAUCGUCGGCGGAUUCGAUGGUGUCUAUUUCCCCACUGUUGUGAAGCCAGUGCCAAAUAGCACAACUGUUGGGACCACCUCGUCCAGACGUCCACGCCUGCAAACGAUUUCCGACGCGACUUUGCGCAGUCUCAUGAACUACACUGCUUUCGGAAACAAGUAUGACCUAGACUUGUGGAUGAACACGACUGCGAACUCUACGGCUCGAUCGCUGAUCAUCGACCGAAUCGAAGCUGUGGAUUUGCCCAGUGGUGCUAGUACCACACCAGCUUCGUUCAGAAUAUUGCGGGAAGAGUGCAAGAAAAGGUGCGAUUCUAGAGCGGACUGUAAGGGCAUUACAGAGCACUUGCUGUCUCCACAAUCGAUCACCACUUCCUUAACCCCAGCUCAGAAAAACAGCAAUAUGUGUGUGCUACUCGGGAGUACCUUGCCUUUUUUCGCGUACAAUGUGGAGAACCGGACGCUUGGAACUUGGGUUAGUGAUCCUGUGUCGCCGUUGCCGAAUGUCUUCCAAUUUGCAACUUCAAAUACCGACUUGCGCACCAGCGCUUUCAUCACGGAGACACCUACCUUGAACCAGACGUCGCAUCUACAUUGUGGUACGAAGUACCGACCAUUGUCUAGGUCCGCUUUUGGUAGUAGUUCCGCGAGAUUACCUGUCCUCGGGACGUCAGAAGCCCCACUACAGGACGAAACCAGUGGGGCCUGUGGAUUUGACCUAGACGCGUGUAAGCAGCUCUGCUUGGCAGAGAGUACUUGCAAAGCAGUCGCUUUCCCUGGGUGCUUUUUGAUGAAUGAGACGCAAGUUUCGGCAGAAGCUGCGCAUGAUGCCACUGGCAGGACUGGAGGUGACUCUACUGGUGACAUUUCGAUGCGGUUGACGACUCAUUUAAGGUCCGCUCGCGAUCAAAAGGGACGUUUCAGCAGAGUAGGCGAGACGGCAAAAGCUCAAAGACAUCCGGAUCAGUCUAACGCGUUUAGCGGGCCAGCGAGCUGUGCGGCAGGGACUAAUAGUAUCAUAGUGUCGGACACUAGAGGACAGCAAUUGCGUGCAUUUGAGAAUUUCGUUCAGAACUGCGGAAAUUUGACAUCACAGUUCUCCCCUGCGGCGCUUCAAGCCUGGGUUGACGCGAUAUCUGUGGUGAAGGACAGGUGUACAGCGGUGGAAGCUUCAGGGGCGUUGAAGUUAAGGUUCAGGAUGCGCAUGCCUUACUUUCUUCAUGUAGUCGGUGGUUGUAGAUCCAUCUAAGUAAGUACUUAGAAGAAACCCACUGCGUCUUCAAUUCCAAGCUCUAAUACCAACAGCCGCCAAAAGCCAGUCACCUGCGAGCAACCUAGCACUGAUCCCAUCUGGUGAGGACUUUCAUAAGGGUCAAACAGCCGCAGUCGGAAUUCUCAGAGAUGCGACGAUGUUGCACAGGAACUUCUGCAAGCAACCUCUGGUCUCAAACACCCUAGAAAACGCGGCUUUGGCAGCAACUGAGACGGCGUCGAUGACAGUUAUGUUGAUGGUGUAGUUCUUAAUUCAAUCAUCUUGGCGUGAUGAGUGGUGUGAUGCGGCGCUGAAAAAUGCUCGCCGCUGGUUUUUGCUCUAUUAUGAAAUGAAUUUCUCUGAGUCAACAUCGGCCCUCGACGUCUAACGGCAGCGGGAACCUCGAGCUGGGUUUGUUUUGCGAAUUGUGCACCAAUUUGAGGCAGACUCCAGACCUUCUGCCAGUCGCGGAUACCAUUCACGUGCCGAUCACCGAAGAAGACCACUUCGUCGUCCAAGUGGAUCCGACAACUGGCAAGCGAGUACGAAAGUUUGUCAACGUUUUAGAGCUGUUGUAUAACGCAACAGCCGCGUCCACUACGACUGUUAUUUCGAGAUCCUUUGCCGGUGGAAGUGGUCCUGCCGCACCGUUCAUUCAGAAUUAUGGUGGUCAGCUUAACAUUUAGUGUCCAUCAUUCUCGGCAUCUUGGUCCCCUUUAUUUCCCUUGAUGUAUUCUCUUGAAAUACAGGGUAAAAGGGGUCAAGAGGAGGGGGCCGCGAUGCAAUCUAGCAGACUCUAACAGAAUGUCACCGUCGGAGGCUACACGUUCAAAGCCGUAGACGCUGCUACUGUUGCAGCUGCUAACGGAGGGCAGAUCACUGUGGACCCUGCCACGGACGACUGCGAUUUACUUAUUGGGCCACAAAGGGGGAACUUGCUAAGCUUGCCGUCAACAGCCGAGUCUCCAUGGACAGGGACUUUGCGAAUGUACAGUCGGGACCUCUUUUCGUCUUCACAGUCCUGUCCUAGGAAAGAGACGUGCUUUUGUAGAGCAGCGAUGUUAGAAGCAAUACAAACAGUUAUGGUCAGCUUUUUUCCAUCAUUCUCGGCAUCUUGGUCCCCUUUUCCCUUGUAUUCUCGUGAAAUACAAGGUAAAAGGGGUCAAGAUGAGGGGGCCGAGAUGCAAUCUAGCAGACUCUAAAACAGAGGUUUUUCAGUAUUGUCCAUUGGACAACGCUGCCGCCGAUGGAUGGCACAGGACUGUCGCCAGCUUGCUCAGUUGCCACGCUGAUGCUUCCCUCUUUGCCCAGCGGUCGUUUUCGGAAGCGACGAAGACGAAAUUGCUGACGGCCCUGAAGGAUGAGGCGUUCGCCAGUGCACGCUAAAAAUGGAUCAUAAGGGAGAGGUUUUUUUAGGGGAGCAGGAAACUAUAAGGGAAAAUUAAAAUCUGUAGUUGCUUCAGAUCCAGAUCAUCGAAGAUGUCAGUAAACGUUGCUUAGAUACUCGAAAAAACGUGUGAAAAAUGAAUACUUCUAAGCUAGUUUUUACCUGAAAACCAUUUUGAAGAAGCCAUCGCUAGUCACGACAAAAUGAUUUCUUUUGAAUGCAUGACCUUGCAUGAUCAUGAAAAAGAAACCCAUCUGACGAAAGCAUGAGCGACAUGCAUUUUUAACAAGAAUACAAAAGUUACACGUUGAAGUACGCCGCUCUGAUAACAUCACACAUAU